UGUAUGUGUAACUAUCUAAUAACGAAAAAGCAUUUGGAACUGAGGCACAUUCAAAUGCAACAACAUUACCAAUAUUGAUUUACCUUAAUUUUCUCUAUUCAAGUGAAUAUAAACUCUCAACUCCACACUAGUGAAUAACUGAUUGGAUUAUAAAGUUGAUUAGAAACUUCGAAAGCUGCAUUUGCACAUCAGAAUUAUAGAUGGCAAGGAGAAUCGGGGGAAUUUAAUAAAAUUAUAGUGAUGAACAGUUGAGAUGUGAAUUUAGUACAGGUAAAAUCAUAAAUGCAUUUCUUUCCUCCAAAAUUAUUCAGAUUCUUUUAAGUGGACCUGAGAGCAAUCAGGAGAGUCCAUUUUAACUCAGCCAGACCAGAGAAAUGGAAUCAUGCUCGACGUGGGUGCCUCUGUUGUGUGCUAUUGUCGUUACACUAGGCAUCCUGUUACUAAUUUAUGGGAUAGUAAUGAGUCUGCUGAAGUAUAUCAUGAAGGAUUCGUCCAUCCCCGCUGGAGAUAUUGUGUCAAAUCAUAACUGGAUGAACUUCAGUUGUACAAGUAUCCAGAUUUCUCACACGAUAUAUUAUUCGAAGACAUAUUACUGCAACAUCUGCGAAUUACUGCUUAUACCUGCGGGUGCUAUUGUGUGUGACUCUUGCGGAAUCUAUGUGGAUGCUCGUUGCAUAAAAUUAGCGGAGAAGAAGUUCAAGUGCAAAGCCACUACGUUGCCCAACGAUCAGCCGAUGUUGCACCACUGGAUUAAGGGAAAUCUCCCAGCGCGUGCGAUCUGCGAAUUUUGUCAUACGAAGUGCGGUACGGCGUCGGCAUUAAUUCACUGGUCCUGCUGUUGGUGUCAAUGCUAUGCUCAUGAUGAAUGUAAAAAUAAAAACGAUAUGCAUAUAUGUCUUUUUGGGAAGUUUCAAUCGAUGAUAAUACCCCCAUAUAGUCUGGAUGUUUCUGACAAACCAAAGGCAGGACAGAAACAUCUUGAAUUACGUUCGAUUAUUCCACCAGCAUGGCCGGACUGGACACCCCUCAUCGUCGUCGCAAAUAGAAAAGCUGGGAAUAAUGAUGGGGCGGAGAUACUUUCCCUGUUUCGACGUCUACUUAAUCCCAUACAAGUUUUUGAUCUCUCGAAUCGUGAUCCAGUUGCUGCUCUGGAGUGGUGUCAAUUGCUGGAGGACAAACCCUGUAAUUUUCUAGUGGCCGGGGGCGAUGGAACUGUCGCUUGGCUUCUGAAUGCUAUUCACAAAUUAAAAUUGAAGGCAACUCCAUCGGUUGCAAUAUUGCCACUGGGCACGGGGAACGAUUUGUCUCGUGUUCUGGGUUGGGGAAAGGAGCCCAAUCCAAAGUUCGAACUGACAGAUAUUUUGCAACGCAUUCAGACAGCCCAUUCGGUCAAACUUGACAGGUGGGCGGUGUCGAUGAAUUCCGAGAGUCCUGGUCUCGGUUUUCGUGGUGAACAGCAGGGAAUGUUUAUGUAUAAUUACUUGAGUGUGGGCGUCGAUGCUCAGAUAGCAUUGAAUUUCCAUCGAAUGAGGGAGAGCAAAUUCUACAUCUGCAGCCACAGGAUAUUCAAUAAGUUAUUGUACCUGGGCUUUGGUACACAACAAGUAAUAGGAAGACGAUGCAAACACCUCGACAAGCGAAUUGAAGUCUAUCUAGACGGUGAACAAAUAAAUUUACCAUCGAUUGAGAGUAUUGUCAUUCUGAACAUCCCCUCGUGGGGGGCUGGAGUAAAACUGUGGGAGCUUGGGCUCGAGGGAAAUGCAAAAUUCAGUGAGCAGAGCAUCAACGAUGGAAUGCUGGAAGUGUGUGCUAUUUAUUCAUCUUUUCACAUUGCUCAGUUGCAAAUGGGUGUCUCCAAACCGCAUCGAUUGGGCCAAGCCCAUACGGUCAAGAUUAAAUUGAUCGAGUCUUAUGCAGUACAAAUUGAUGGUGAGCCCUGGCUACAAGGCCCAUGUGAAUUUACCAUAACGCACUGUGAUCAGGCCUCUAUGUUAACAUCUAACGAGAAAUUAUAAAUUUUAUCGUGUAACGAGGGUCUGGGACCUUCUGAAAUCAUGAAGUUAAGCACCGGUGAGGUGGAUUACUAGGUUCUGAUCCGUGAUCUCAAUGGAACUAUUGACAUCGUUGAAAUCGCCUCAGAUAUCGUAUGAAAAUUCUAUCGGAUUCGGCCCGGAAAUAAUAGAAUUUGGGACCGGCGGUGGUGCUGGAAUUUACUAAUAUUGAAGGGCUAAGUGUUUGAGUAUUUUCAUGAUAAUAAUCCCCUCAAUGUUGCGAUAACGAUAGAAAUGUGUUUCAUCGAAAUUUGAAUUAAGCUGCUGCAUCGGAUUUCAGUACAAUUGAGUUUUUCCAAUUUACGGUAGAGGUGAUAUAAAGGGGUUUUGAUAAUAUUCAUUUUUCGGUGCGAAUGAGCUCGGUCUUUUCACGAUAAUCCAAGGGGAAUUCGCCAGGGCUUUUAAGCCCUACGUUAUUCAUGUGGAGGGCAUUGGCACGCUCCAAUUUUGUUUUAUUUUUUUUUUCAGGCUUUACAAUUCGUUUGAAUUGAAAUAAGAGGGGGGGUAUGUAUUUUUUAUAUUAAUAAUCUCGAUAGUAUUAUUAUAUGUUCGCGUUUCAUGCGAUUCCAGACAUUUUCUUCAGGAAAAUGAGAGAAUAUCGAAAUUAAAUUAAUUAUUGGCUUCGGUGGGGGAAAUUAUUCAUUUUGGAAGUUAAUCCUCGCAAUUUUCAGUUAUGAGAUGAUGGGGAGUAAGAUGAAACCCCAGUGCAUUGAGAAUUAAUGGCCAUUGUCUAUUGAUAGAAAAAUAAUGUUCCAUGAUAUCAGCAUUCCAAUUAUUUAAUGUCUUCCUUAAAACUAGACUAAAAUCGAAAACAGAAUUGAGAAGAAACAUGACGAAUAUCAUCUCAUAGUAAUCCACAUAAAACGAUAUAUAUCGCCAGAAAUAGCGAUACAAUCAAAUUGAAUGUUAACAUGUUAAUGGAAGUGCAAGAAUAAUUAAGGUACCGAUCUCAUAUUUUUUUAAUUGAAAAAGUUAAAGUUAAACUGUUCUGUGAUCGGUUUUUUUGCCAUUUCGAUUUCGAAUUUUAUGCUCAGUCUAGAUAUCCUUAAAUCGAUAUUGAAGGACACAUUAUGAGUAUUGGCGACUUAAUCGCCGAAGGUGAAGUAUAAUUAAGGAAAUAGGAGACAAUGUUCAUUAGGAAUACUCCCAAGUUAAAAAAAAAAAAAUGCUGUAAUUGAAAAAACAAUUCUGCGCUGGACGUCUGAAUGAAUUUUUCCCCGGCGUUUUGAUUAUUAUCAGGGAGAACAGCACGGAAUUGUGUGCUCCAGAAUUAAUUUGAUUCACUCGAUAAAGGCUACCUCUAUAAAUUUCCUAUAUUUUUAUUUGUAUGAAGGAAAAUCCCGUACAAACAAAUAAAUAAAAAACAA